GUUAAAUUCUACAAAAAUAUAUAAAUUGGUGGAGUUACAUAAAAAAUGUCAUAUCAAUGAAGUGAGUCCGAUCAAAAUGAAGCGAUUUUUCUUACACCCUGUAACCGCGUUUCUCAUCAUCGCAGGCGUCUCUUGCAAGAUGGAAACGUCGAACUUCGAUAUAAGAAAGGAAUUCUUCAACAUCUACAAAGGCAUAGCCGUCGAAACCAAGGCGAUCACCCACACGCAAGUCACCAGGGACCAAGUCACUUUUACCAUGUACAGGAAUCACCAGGAACCCAAAGAGGCCAUCAUAAAGGACAACAACUUAGCCCUUUUGGAGGGCAGCAAAGGGCACGUGGUGUUCAUAACCCACGGAUGGACUGACCACGGCGACGCCGAAUGGGUGUUGGAAAUGAAAGACUCCUUCCUAAGUACCUAUCCAGACAUCGUAGUCAUAGCAGUGGAUUGGCGGGAACCAGCUCGACAGGUUUACUCCAUCUCAUCUAUAAACACAUACGACAUCGGAAAUAUCAUAGGAGACACGGUAGGGAAACUCGUCGACGAGCACCGCUUGGACAUCGGGCAGUUCAUUCUGGUUGGGCACUCUUUGGGCGGUCAAAUUAGCGGGUUCGCGGGCAAGCAUCUGCAGAAAGCCGGCAAGAAGCUGCAGAGGAUCGUGGCUUUGGAUCCUGCUGGGCCGUUGUUCGAUGUAAGGCCGGUAGACAAGCGGCUCAAUCCGACAGAUGCGGAGGUAGUGGAAGUUAUCCAUACGGAUACUGGAAGUUUCGGUUUCAAAGAUCCCUGCGGUACGAUCGAUUUCUAUCCGAAUGGAGGCGAUUUCCAGGCCGGGUGUACUAGGAUAGACGUGUUUGAUGCUUCCAGUAUCGUAGAUCCUAUUGUGUGUGAUCACGAGCGAUCUUACUAUUACUUCAUCGACGCCGUGCAGCACCCAAAGGAUUAUUUGGUAGCCAUGGAGUGCACCGAAUGGAAUUUCCUGCGUAAAGUUUGUAAUGAAAGCAAUACUGUUUCCAUGGGGGAUUUGACUACUACACAAACGGGCACUUUUUACUUGACGACAAACAAAGAAAAACCGUAUGGUAAAAAAGUGCUUGAAACUGCCGAUGGGCUGCUCGACAAAAUGGACAAAACAAAGGAAGCUAUCACGGACAAAGCCAGUGAACUUGGUUCAAGCGUUAAAGCAGGAAUCUCUAAGAUGGGGAAAUCCCUAAGCAGUUUUAAUUUCUUCGGAAAGAGUUCAAAAGAGGAAUAAAGAGGAAAUUAGACUAAUGUAGCA